AUGUUCUUCGCCGACUUCGCCCCGAACCUGGUCGGCAAGCGGCCCGUGUUUAUGUCGGUCUCGGGCGGUACGCGUCAGACCGAGUACAAGCUGCCCAUCUUCGACCUCGAGGCUAACCUCGACUAUCAGUACACUAUGGCCAUGGCUAAGCCUAACUUAUCCCAGUCACCAACAUCUAGGUGGGCGACCUUAUCGUGCAAGGGCGUGACGGUGCUGACGGGCUCGGCCGACCGCGGGCCGGCAAACCAGCUGACGUACUGCAUCGACCGGGAUAACCCUAAGAACAGUAGGAUCAGCGAGGGCCAUUUUGCCUCGGUCUUUCCCGCCUCGUGCUUGUGGGUGACCUCUGUCGGCGGCACGCAGUUCCUGCCAGUCGCCAAUGGCAGCGCUGGUGUGUCGUCGUGCCCCGGCGAAACGGCGUUCGACAACAACAGCACCGUGUCAUCCGGGGCUGGGGCGGGGGGGGGGGGGGGGUAG